CUGUCACAGCUGUCACUUCAACCAUUGAUUAGUGGUAGGAAUACGAAAAUAUUGGUCUCCAGCAUUAAAAUAUAUUGUAUUUACUUGUGUUUCGGCGCGCCAAAUGUGAUAAUGUUUCCUCGGUACAGAUUCUGUAAACAAAGGGUGCGGUAAGAAAUAUAUAACAUAUGGUAUAACUUUAUUGGAUGCUUAGCUAAACUGUUCACAACAGCUAGAAAAUGGAGUAUUCACCACAAAAUUUAGAAUAUGCUGUCUCUGUAUUCUAUAAUGGAGAGCAAAGUGAAAGAGCUAAGGCUCAUGCCUGGCUCACGGCUGCACAGCGGGUGCCAGAGGCUUGGAAUUUUGUCUGGGACUUUCUUCAGCCAAGCAAGGGAACCGAAAUUCAAUUCUAUGCAGCAACAACCCUGCACACAAAGAUUCUUCGUUGCUGGAAUGAGGUGCCACCAGAGAGCUAUGAAGAGUUAAAAAAUAAACUACUUGAGGCUGUGUUUACUUAUUCAAAAGGACCUAAGAUUGUAACCAAUAGAUUAUGUAUCAGUUUAGCAGCAUUUAUCUUACAACAAGGAACGGUAGAUCUGGCUGCGAUAUUAAGCCCUCUGUCUACACCAGAAAACACUGCACUUUUAUUAGAAGUACUUACUGUGAUACCUGAAGAAUACAACAGUAUGACAAUGGGAUCCUCUCUGAGAACCAAGAACCGCAUAGCACUGCAACAAGCUUGCCCUGCGGUUUUAGAUGAUAUGUUGCGAUGGCUACAAGCUGUCUAUAAUCCUGAGUACACUAAGGAGGCUCCUUCGGAGGAGACGGUGCAGAACUGGGUGACGGUGGCAACGUGCGCGUGCAGCUGGCUGACGCUGGGCGGGGAGGACGCGGCCGAGCACCCGCGCGGCUCGCUGCCUGACCGCAUGCCGCUCUGUCGCGCGUUACUUGCCGUCGUGCAGCUACUGUCCACCUGGAACUCAGUAGUAAGCGACUCAGCACUGGACGCGUGCGAGGCGUGUCUGUCUGGCGUCCGCGCGGCGGCCAGUACGUCGGCUUCGGUGCGCUAUCCAGAGUCCGCGCUACAACUACUCGCGCACCUCGCCGCACUCACCGCGCCACUCAUGGCCAGGGAUAAUGUGCCCAACUCUGUCAAUGAGGAGCUGUUAUCAGCCCUGUUAACAUGCUGCGUCGCGGUGGGCGAGUGCCACGCGCACGCGCUGGUGAAGGCGGCGGAGAGCGCGGACGACUCCGACACCACGCGCGGCGCCAGGCAGGUCAUUGAACUCAUACUGGCCGCGCAGGCCGCGCCCGGCCACUACCCCAUACACGAGACUCGCUCCAACCUUACCUUCGGCUUCUGGUACACACUACAGGAUGAACUAUUAAACCUGAUGGAUAGGACGAAUGACAUCCACCAAGUGUGGAAACAAGUGUUCUCGCGGUUACUAGAGACGUUAAUCACCAAGUCUAUCGCGCCCGCUGACGCCGACCUCUCCAAGGAUGAUCUCGAACUACUGCGAUGCUACCGACAAGACACUGCUGAUUCUGUGAUGUACUGUUACGGCGUGCUGGGCGAGUGGUGCUGGAGCAUAGUGCGCUGCAGCUACGAGGGCGCGGAGGGCGAGGCGGCGCGCGAGGCCGCGCUGCACGUGUUCGCGGCGCUGGCCGACGCCGCGCCCGCGCACUGCGUCAAGCCCGCCCUGCUGCAGCUCCUGCAGCACGCGCUGCACGCCGCGCAUACUGCCACCGCCAAACCCCUGCUCAGCACUGCACUCGACUGUCUCGGCGGGUACGCGACGUGGGUGGGGUCGGUGGCGGGCGCGGGCGGCGAGGCGGCGGUGUCGUCGCUGGGCCGCGAGUGCGUGCACGCGGCGGGCGCGGCGCUGCCCCGCUGCCCGGCCGCGGCCGCGCUGGCGCUGCGCAAGCUGGCCGCCGACUGCAGCGGGCCCGCCGCCGCGCUCGCGCCCGACAUCGUACAGGCUGCACAGUCGUUCCAGGGCAGCGGCAGUAAGUCGGACGCGUGGGUGCGGCGCCAGCUGGUGUCGGCGGCGGGCGCGGCGCUGGCGGCGGCGGAGCGGCACGCCGCGGCGCCGCUCCUGCACGCACUGGCGCGCUCGCUGCACGCAGACCUCGUCGCGCAGGCGCAGUCCCCGGCGGGCGGCGCCAGUGCGGCGGAGUGCUGCGCGGCGCUGCUGGGGGCGCUGGCGCCCAGCGGGGCGCUCGCUGUGGACCUCUUCCGGGUGCUGGCGCCCGCACUGCCGCCAUACGCCAGUAAUGCCGCGCUUGUAGAGUCAAUGUUCCACAUACUGAAGCAAACAGUAUCGUCUCUAAUAGACGAGCUACUGCCGGUAGUGUCGGACGUGGCGGAGCUACUCAUCGCCGGCUUCAACACCUGCCCCUGUGCUUCGGGACUCGAUGUCGUUAAACUGAUGGUGAUGAGCGUGGGUGCGGAAUGGGCGGGGUGUCGCAACGUGCUGCGAGCGAGCGUCGCCCCCAGCGCGCGCCUACUGACGCAGGAGCCCGCCGCGCGCCCCGACCUCACCGAGGGACUGUUCACGCUGCUGCAGACCAUCACCAAGAAGAAGCCGCAGUACAUCGACUGGAUCGACGACAUGCUGCUUAAUCUCAUCGAGCUGGCGCUGCGCGCGGUGCGCGUGUGGGAGGCGGGCGGCGCGCGCGCGGCGUGCGGCUGGCUCAGCGCGCUGGCGGCGCGCCGCGCGCACUCGCUGCAGCCAUACGCGCCCGCGCUCACCGCCACCGCGCUGCUCUGCAUUGGCGGAAUGACGCCUCGUAAUCAAAUCGAGCCGUUAGCAGAUUUGUUGUUGUCUUUGAACCGCGCGGCGUGGCGGGAGCCGGGGCAGGGGGCGGAGGCGGGGCAGGGGGCGGGGCUAGCCACGUGGCUGCGGAGCGCAUUGGCUGUGCCGGACUUCCCCACGCAGCACGCCACCGACCCACACAAGCACAAGUUUAUACAGUCCAUCAUCAAGGAAAAGAGCAGUAAACGAAGAAUAUUGGAGUCGGUGCAAGAGUUCUCGCUAGUAUGCCGCGGCCUCGUGGACACGGAGUAUGCGCGACAGACCAUCGCCUCCAAGCAACUAGUAGCGUAGACAAUACACUAUCAAAACGUGGGGUAUAGACAUAAGGAGUACCAUCUUUCAUGAGAAAUUUCGCAUCAAAUUCCAUUAGAUACUUAAAGGGCCGGUGCUCACUGAUACGACACGGUGCAGUAUGGCACACGAUUUUAUUACUAAUUAUUUUGAAUCUUAUUUAAAUUGCUUUAGGGUCAAUGAUACUUUAUUUCGAUACCACGAUGCUGCGACACGCCAUUGCAUUUCGUGCGACGAAUGGAUCACUUUGGUUAAGGAAUCAAUGGACUUUCAGAAAAAUGUCACGGGAUACCACGGAAUGCCAUGACACGCCGCGGCAUGCGGAAGUUCAAUCUGGGGUACCAUGCCGGCAGUGAGCGCUGGCCCUAAUUGGUGUCGCUUCUGUAGCAUGUUAACUCUGUUGUAACUUUACUUUAUGGCCCACUAAAACAUACAUUUUUUAAUCUACUUUCUUGUGCUACUGUGGCGUCUCCUAUUUUGACAUAUCUUUUUACACAAAGAUAGUACUCCAUACUUCUAUACUCCAUGGUACAGUUUUAAAGUAAAUAUUUCAUCUGUUGUACCGCAGUCUUCCCUUCGAUACAUUUUAGAAUGCACCAAAGUUGACAUGUCACCUACGCCCGAAUAUUGAAAUGCUACUCAAUUUUACUUGUACUUCAAUAUCAUGCUGUCUUUGUCGUUUAAUAAAGUGUAUGUAGUGAUAGAUAUACUUUUAAAUGUUUUAAAAUUGAGGGGCGUCUGAGUAUUUGACCAUUAGAUACCUACAUUCAAAUGUCUUUGUAACGUUUUUCUAUCGCUUUUGAUGAUUAGAACAAACAGUAAUUGCAAUUGAAUUUACAUAUUAUGAUUAUGUACAUAAUUAAAUUACGUAUUAUUAACAAUAUUGACAUUGUAAAUAAUACAUGAAAACGUGAUAUCAUCUGUAUAUAGUCGUUAAAUGAAUUACUUAAUAGAGAAUGAAAUAAAAGUAUUAAGAAUA